UUCCUGCCCCCGCAGUUCUCCGGCCUGCUGGGCACCGUGUACCGCCGCGGCAACCUCAGCUUCACCCGCGAUGGCAACUCCCUGCUCAGCCCCGUCGGCAACAGGAUCUCCCUCUUCGACCUCAAGAAUAACAAGUGUGAGACAUUGCCUUUGGCUACGCGGCUCAAUAUUGUGUGYGUGGGGCUCUCUCCAGAUGGAAGUCUUGCCAUUCUAAUUGAUGAAGAGGGAGCUGCAUUGCUUGUCAGUUUGAUUGGGAAAUGUGUGAUACAUCAAUUUUAUUUUCACAAGCCRGUUCACAGUGUCAGCUUCUCCCCUGAUGGCAAGAAAUUUGUGGUUGCAAAAGACAACCUUGCUUACCUGUACCAUGCUCCUGGGAAGAAACGAGAAUUCAAUGCCUUUGUUUUGGACAAAACCUACUAUGGCCCAUAUGAUGARACAACUUGUAUUGACUGGACUGAUGAUUCCAAAUGCUUUGCAGUGGGGAGCAAGGACAUGUCUACGUGGGUGUUCGGAGCAGAACGAUGGGCAAACUUGAUCUACUACUCUCUUGGAGGCCAUAAGGAUGUCAUAGUAGCCUGCUUUUUUGAAGAGAACAGCCUAGAUCUGUACACCAUUAGCCAGGAUGCAGCYCUGUGUGUGUGGCAGUGUGACACAGAGCUGGAUGGUUUGAAGCCCAUGCCCCCUAAAGAUGCAGCUAAGGAAAAGAAGGUAGCAGAAGAUGAUGAAGAGCUGCUUGAAGAGCCAAAGGGUGAAGAAAUCCAUGGAAAAGCUGAUCCAAGUGAACAAGAGACUAGGAAUAAGGUUAAAUAYUCACGUGUAGCAAAGUAUUUUUUCAAUAAAGAGGGAGAUUUUAAUAACCUGACAGCUGCAGCCUAUCACAAGAAAACACAUCUUUUAGUCACUGGUUUUGCCUCUGGAAUCUUUCACCUCCAUGAGCUUCCAGAUUUCAAUCUGAUCCACUCCUUGAGUAUUUCAGACCAAAGGAUAGCUUCUAUUUCUAUCAACUGCACUGGUGACUGGAUUGCUUUUGGAUGUUCAGGUUUGGGUCAGCUCCUGGUGUGGGAAUGGCAGAGUGAGUCCUACGUGCUGAAGCAGCAGGGACAUUUCAACAGCAUGGUYUCCUUGGCAUAUUCUCCAGAUGGACAGUACAUAGUAACUGGAGGGGAGGAUGGGAAAGUGAAAGUGUGGAACACUUCCAGCAGCUUUUGUUUUGUCACCUUUACAGAACACAGCAGUGGUGUAACUGCAGUAACUUUCACUUCCACUGGUUAUGUUGUUGUGAGUGCUUCCCUCGAUGGAACAGUGCGUGCCUUUGAUCUGCACAGGUACCGCAAUUUCCGUACCUUUACGUCUCCACGACCAAGUCAGUUCUCCUGCUUAGCUGUGGACUCCAGUGGUGAAAUUGUGGCAGCUGGUUCCCAGGAUUCCUUUGAAAUAUUCAUCUGGUCAAUGCAGAGUGGGAGGCUGCUGGAUGUCUUAGCAGGUCAUGAGGGUCCCAUCAGCAGCUUGUCCUUUAACCCAAUGAAGUGUGUUCUAGCCAGUGCCUCUUGGGAUAAGACUGUCAAGUUAUGGGAUAUGUUGGACAGUUGGAGAACUAAGGAGACACUAAUAAUGAACUCAGAUGUUCUUGUUGUUGCCUUCCGUCCUGAUGGCAAGGAGCUCGCAGUUGCUGCUUUGAAUGGCCAGAUAACGUUUUGGGAUCAUGAAAAUGCAGUGCAGACCGGCUCCAUUGAGGGCAGGCACGAUCUCCAGAUGGGGAGGAAGGAGCUGGAUAAAAUCACUGCCAAGCAGGCAGCCAAGGGCAAAUCUUUUACUACUCUGUGUUACUCAGCAGAUGGCGAAUCUAUUCUGGCAGGUGGAUUGUCAAAAUUUGUCUGUAUAUAUAAUGUCAAGGAACAGAUUCUUAUGAAAAAAUUUGAAAUCUCAUGCAACUAUUCUUUAGAUGCAAUGGAGGAGUACUUAGAUCGCAGAAAAAUGACUGAGUUUGGCAGCAUGGCUCUGAUUGAUGAUGGGGGUGGAGGUGAUGAUGGUGUUGCCAUCCCUCUUCCUGGAGUAAAAAGAGGUGACAUGAGCUAUCGACACUUUAAACCAGAAAUAAGGGUGACUUGUGUGCGAUUCUGUCCUACAGGACGAAGCUGGGCAGCAACUACCACAGAGGGUCUCCUGCUCUAUUCACUGGACUCUGGGCUAAUUUUUGAUCCUUUUGAGCUGGAUAUUGAUGUCACACCCAGCAAUAUACACAAAACAUUGCGUCAGAAGGAAUAUACUAUGGCUAUUGUCAUGGCCUUCAAGCUGAAUGAAAAAAAAUUAAUUCAAGAAGUCAUAGAGGCUGUCCCUAGCAGUGAAGUUGAUGUAGUCUGCUCAUCCCUGCCAGACCUGUAUGUGGAGAAGUUACUGGAGUUCCUSGCCUCUGCAUUUGAGACCUCGUGUCACUUGGAGUUCUAUCUCAUUUGGUCUCAUAAGUUGCUCAUGCUGCAUGGACAGAAACUGAAAACAAGGUCAGUGAAGCUGCUCCCUGUGAUUCAGUUCCUUCAGAAGAGCAUCCAGCGUCACUUCGAAGAUGUUUCAAAACUCUGUGAAUGGAACAUCUACAACAUCAAAUAUGCGCUGGCCAUUUCACAACAGCGGGGCRUGAAACGUCUGGCAGAGGAAACACCAGGAGAUGAAGAAGAAUUGGAUUCUGACAGYGAUUAUCUUAUGCAAGAAGUUCAUAGGGAUAAAUUGAAUUCCUAAUUACUCCUUGUGAGAGGGAGAAAACCUCAGACAGUAUUUUAUGCAGUGGUAUUCACUGAAAAUGAGUGGCCCUCAUAGAGGCAUGAAUUCCUCAUAGUGUGAUGGAAUUCCAUUUGAGAUAAUGAUGGAAAUGCAGGACUUGCCAUGGAUAUGGCACUUUACUUACUUCAUGUACACUUUGGCUGUAAACUUUGAGCAUUGAUUUCUUGAAUAAUUAAUUUAGUCUUCUUUUAGUAAUUCCUUAUUUCAAAUAGGUAAAAGAAAAGGGUUCAUCCAUCUGAGUUAAUGAUGGAAAUGCAGGAUUUGCCAUGGAUAUGGCACUUAUUUCAUGUACCGUUUGGCUGUAAACUUUGCGUAUUGAUUUCUUGAAUAAUUCAUUUAUUCUUCUUUUACUAAUUUCUUGUUUCAAAUAGGUAGAAGAAUAGGGUUCUUAGUGAAGUUAGAAGUAGACUGGAAGAAGUUUAUUCUUCCUUAAAAAUGUGUUGUACAUUAAGUAUUUGGAGUUUUGUAGUGCAGGCUUAUCCUACAUUGGACUCUGAAUUUUAGAAAGGAUAAAAAAAUUUAAUAAUUGGGAGCCUGUGUACUUCUUUCAACUUGUUUUAAAUGUUUUACUUGGAUUUAGUAUUUACAUAUUUCUGGAACGUUUUUCUUUGGAAGUUCUGUAACUUCCAAACUUGAUGAGGUUUCCGUAAUGAGGAUAAAUGUUAGACCCAUAACAACGAUUGUGGGAGAAAAUUUACUGGACUUCACAACUCCAUCAAGGUUUGAUUGACAACCACCGUAGUGGAAAUUUGUUUGCACAUUAUCAACUCAAAAAUGUAACAAACUCUAAGAGAAUGUGUUACAAAUUUCAUGGCUUGU